GAUAACUAGCCUGCCGUGUCCACCACAGUGACACCGGUUGUGGAGAACCACCUACAGCUGCAGACGCUGCUCCGGUUUUCCAAGUUCAAGAGGGAAAAUCCAAAAACUGCCCACCCGUAGAGAGGUGCCGUUUGUCGGCUCGAAGCGCCCUCACCGCCCCCUGGACUGUCCGCGGCUCUCGUCCUUUCCUCGGCCAGGAACCGUCCAGCCCCAGCAGCCCCACUGUGGAUCUGUCGCCCUCAGCAGGACAGUGGCAGAGGCAGAGCCAUCGGGGACCGGACCAGGCAGCAGGGCUCCAUGAGCACCACGGGGCAGCAGCAAGGGGGGGGUCUGCGUUCCCGCCGAGGCCUUGGCCGGGACAAGGACCCUGGGCAGGGCAUGGGCAUGGAAGCGACCUGCUGGCUGGCCCCCGGAGUGCUGCGUAGGCUGAUCGAACUGCCCUCACCCCCCCUGUCUCGACACCAGCUCAAGAGACUGGAGGAGCACAGGUACAGCAGUGCUGGGCGUUCCCUGCUGGAGCCUCUGAUGCAGCGUUACUGGGAGUGGCUGGUGGGACGAGUCCCGGCCUGGAUCGCCCCCAACCUCAUCACCAUCAUCGGCCUGGCCACCAACGUCUUCACCACCCUCGUCCUCGUCUAUUACUGUCCAACUGCCACUGAGCAGGCUCCUCUGUGGGCGUACCUGUUGUGUGCGGUGGGUCUGUUCAUCUACCAGUCAUUGGAUGCCAUCGAUGGGAAGCAGGCCAGACGCACCAAUAGCAGCUCUCCGUUGGGCGAGCUGUUCGACCACGGAUGCGACUCCCUCUCCACCGUGUUUGUGGUGUUGGGAACCAGUAUAGCGGUGCAGCUGGGAACCAACCCAGACUGGAUGUUCUUCUGCUGCUUCGCCGGGAUGUUCAUGUUCUACUGCGCCCACUGGCAGACAUACGUGUCGGGAACGCUGCGCUUCGGCAUAUUUGACAUAACAGAUGUGCAGCUCUGUCUAGCAGGACUGCAGAUGCUCACAGCCACUGUGGGUCCCAGUCUGUGGAACGUGAUGAUUCCGAUCCUAAAUAUCCAAAUGAAAAUGAUCCCCGCCAUCUGCACGUUUUUAGGAGCCAUCUUCUCCUGCACCAAUUACUUCAGAGUGAUUUUUACAGGAGGUGUGGGCAAAAACGGAUCCACAAUAGCGGGAACCAGCGUCCUCUCUCCAGUCCUACACAUUGGCUCCGUCAUUAUUUUGGCCAUGAUGAUAUACAAGAAGUCUGCUGUCCAGCUCUUCGAGAAACAUCCGUGUCUUUACAUCCUGGCGUUCGGCUUCGUCUCAGCAAAAAUCACCAAUAAAUUAGUUGUAGCACAUAUGACAAAAAGUGAGAUGCAUCUCCACGAUUUAGCCUUCCUGGGACCAGGACUCCUGUUCCUGGAUCAGUAUUUCAAUAGUUUUAUCGACGAGUACGUGGUUCUCUGGAUUGCACUGAUCAUUUCCUUGUUUGACUUGGUGCGUUACUGUGUCAGUGUUUGCAACCAGAUUGCCUGCCAUCUUCACAUUUUUGUUUUCAAAAUCAAGCCUUGUUCACUGCUCAGUUCUGCUGCUCACUGAGGACACGCCGGCCAUUACUGACUCUGUCCCGCCCCGAUAGUCGCACUCAUCUUUUCUUCCCUGUUUUCCACAUAAAGAUGCAGGGGGUGAUGUGGUGUAAAGUAUGUGCUUCUGCCAACUGAAUGUGAGGACAAAUAAUAUAUAUUAAGAUACUGGAAUAUUACUGUCAUUUUGUUUCUUUUUCACCAGUGCAGAAUUGAAUUUGUACCAGUUUCAUCUUCUGCCCCAGUAAUAAGAAAUCUCCUUCUGACAAACUGACGGUUCCACAGAGCAGAUGUUUCAGGUGCUACUCGCUGAGUUCAAGGAGAGAAACUUACGUGUGUUUUAACUGUUCAUGUGCAAGAAAAUGUAUAGGUAUGACUCUUUGCUUUCCAUGAUGAUAAUUUUUGUAAUAUUUGCAUAACUUUACCUUUUUGCUAUUGUAAAUACCAAACUUGCAGUGUCUGUGCUUCUCUUUUAAGUUAAAAAAAAAAAUCCUGCUUGGCACAUUUAUAAAACCUUCCUUUAUGUAUUUUAAAACGACCUCAUCCUCUGCGUGUCACGCAAAACUGUGCCACUGUUUCCCGGCAGCAAGACGAUGUUUUGGAGGAAAAACUUAACGUCAACUUCACGUCCUCAAUGUGCAAACCUUCAAAAAUAUUCACUGCCAGUAUUUUCUCAGUUACAUUUGCACAUUUGGUCAAUUUAGGUGGGACUUUUGUGUUUGUUUAUUGUCCUACUACUGGCUUAUAUGUUCAUUAGGGUAUUCUACACUCUACUGUAAGAUUUUCUCUCACUGACUGAUGUUUGUAGCUCUGCAGGUGUUAAUCAAAGGUUCAAACAUUAUUGACUGGACUUUUGAUCUCAACAGAGAACUCAGCUGCUCAGGGUUUCUCACAUUUUGCAGCUGAUCAGAGCAAAGAUCAGGACGUUUUAUAGUGGAGAUGCACAAUGUGGCUGCUUUCAUUCAGUACUGUCAAGUUUCAGGUCAGUCCUCCAGCUGUUACUCUGCUCUUUGGCACUCCUCAUCCAUUUACUUCAUUAUUUUAUUUUUCAUUAGUGUCAAUAAAUCCCACGAAAAGACCAAAACCAGUGUGUUAGUCCACCUCUCCAAACUCUCUGUAGUCUGUUUGUUACUACUGAAGAUAAAAACCUGUAAAAACAGCUUGCAAUUUAUUGUUUGAACAGUCAGUUAUGUCCGCAAAUGGUUCAUACUUGUAUGUUUUAGCAAACAAAACAGAAGAAAUAGCGCAUUUGUGCUCUAGUAUUCCAAUCAAAUGUUUCUCGAUCCUAUCAGUCAUUUCCCCACAUUAAACACACUUCAAGUGUGUUGAAGUUUAUAAAAUCACUCCAGUGUUUAUGCUUGACAACUGAAUAACUCUGCAUUAAGAAAAAUGCUGCAUUUCUGCAUCGAAGUUCUUCCUUAAUGUUCUGUAGGUGUUCAGGAACCUUGUUGUAAAGCUCCACUGUCUGAAAUGUAGUGUGAAAUGAGUGGGAUGUACUGUGACUCCACCAGCUCCAAUAGACAGAGAAAACCUAAAUUCUCCACAUGCAUGUCAGUGAAUGUAUUGUAAAUGAGCUGUAGUACCUGGUUGUUCUACCAGGUGGAGCCUCUUACUGUUUGAUUCAAUAGAAGUUACAGGUCGUCACUCAGGCCUUGUCCACACGUAGCAGGGUUUUUGUAAAACCGAAUAUCCUGUCCCCUCCGUCUAGAAAAAAACUUACGUACACACCACCUCGUUUUUAGAAAAAAACUUCAUCCACACCUAACCGCAUAAGUGUGUUUUUAAGCACAUUCAUAAGCAUGCCGGACCUUUAGGUGGCAGUAGUUCCCCAAAUCCUAGCAAGGUGGUGGAGAAUAACCAUCCUUAACGUCGUCCUUCGCCUGUGUUGUUGAAUGUGGAGCAGUAUCUGGGCUUGUAAAAACAAGCAAGUAAAAAGCACCUGUACAAGAAACAGCGCCCAAAACCUUGUGAGAGCAUCCAUACUGUUACCGAAUGUAAACACAGGUUGCAUAUGUGACGUAAGAACAUAUUUUGUCGCAGGCGGUGACGUUUCGAAAUGCAAAACCUCGGUUACUGAUGUCCACAUGGAGACGCAUAAAACGGAGAAUUCGCAAAUCUUCACUUUGGUCAGAGUUUUUAAAAAGAAUCGUUUUUGAUGGCGUAAAUCUGCGUUUUCAUGUGGAUGAUAGGCCGAAUCGUAGAAAAAUAUCUUCGUUUUGUGAGAUACCCGGCUACGUGUGGACAAGGCCUCAGACUACAGGCAGCUCAUGUUGGCAAGCAGAGAGCACUGUGGGAGUUUAGCUAACAAUGGGCACCAUGACAAAAACCUCUGUGACAUUUAAUGACCUCUGAUCGAGUUGUUUAGUCCUACAAAAACAGCGUUUCUUCAUUCAGUCUGUUACUUAAUGUUAUUUAGAUCUUCAGGAACGUUAGCCUAAAGUUCUAGAGGACACUCAGAAAUACCGUGUUUAGAGGAUAGGAUGUACUGUGACUCCACAAGCUCCAACAGAUGGUAAAAACCGGUUUUCUCCACCUGCAUGUCAGUAAAUGUAUUGUAGAUGAGCUGUAGUACCUGGUUGUUCCACCAGGUGGAGCCUCUUACUGUUUAUUACUGUAGAGACCAGAGGAGGCGUCACUAAGACUACAGGCAGUUUAUGUUGCUAAGCAGAGAGCAUUGUGGGGGUUUAGCUAGCAAUAGGCACCAUGACAAAGACUUCUGUGAUGCAUAAUGACCUCCGACCGAGCUGAUGUGUUUAAGACAAACUUAGAUCAACAAAGAUGGAGUUUUUGUAUGAUGAAACAGAACUCUCUUUGUUGACUCAAAUAUCAACAUCAGCACAAGACAAAUGUCCACUGUACUCAACUUGUGUUAUUGAUGAAUACAGUAUUGAUGGAUAUUGUUACUGAUUGAUGUUUAAGAAAAUUAUGUAAAAUUUGCAUUCAUGGCAAGAACGUAAACGAAGAAUCGGGCUGAGGUUUGUGUCGAUGAGUUAAGAAGUGCCUCUAGUGUGGCCUUUCUGUGUGGAACGUCCUGUGAUUUAUGAGGUCAGUGUUUUUUUUUUUGGAUGAAAAAUGCAGUUUUCAAUAUCAUGAAGUAGUAAGAGGCUCCACCUGGUGGAACGACCAGGUACUGCAGCUAAGCUACAAUACAUUUGCUGACAUGCACGACCUUCUUCUUCUGUUCUGACUCACCGGAUGUAGACUGUGGGUAUAAACCUGCCACUGGUCGCUCAUUUUCAUUUCAUUUGUUACAAUAUUGAAAACCCUUUCUUAUAAUAUAUUUAAUAUAUUUCGUCUCCCUGCUGCAAAUGUUCCACCAAAAGAAAUCUUAUUAUUUUAAGGAAGACCAAAGCUACAUCCUUAACUCCUCCCACAACGACUGUGAUUGGUCUAAACAAAUACAAACGAGUCAAUGUUUUUUCCUUCUAUAGCAGGAUGAUAAUAAGCUGCAGUCUGACCAGGCAACUGAUUCUGCCUUAUUGGUUAAUGUGUGUUUAAUUAGGUAUUUCUCACCAUUUGUUGAAUAACUCACCACGUUCUUAGCACAAGUGGCCAAAUUUUGCAUUUUUUUUAACCAAAACAAUACAAAUAAAAUUAGAUUUUUUUUUGAGUCAAAAAAAAAAAGAAUAUUUACAUGUCGAGUUUCUGUUUUUGUUCUGUGUAGUUUUUAUCAAUAAACAAAACCACAUGGGAAUAAAAUCUAUCCGGCUCUGAAACACAGAUUUGAACUGUCAGUAGAUGUUUGGGUUCUUUUUCAUGGGAUUUAUUAAAAAUAAAGAAGCAUCGAAUAUUACUUAAAAUGAGCAACGUGUGUUGCAGAUUCACUGAGCCUUACGCUGUCGAAAUGUUAAAGUCUGGUCGGCAUUAUUUUUCCUCCACAAAAUCCAACGUGGUCACAUGUAGGCGACUGAGCAGGAGAUGAGGUCACACAAUGACGUCACAGUUUUUACGGUGGUGACUGACGAGAAUCUGUUCAAACUUAAUAAAAGUCUGUUUAUUUGAA